GGAACCCGCGCAGAGCGCCGCCGUGGAACAGGAGCAAGCGCAGCCUCGUUCCUGCAACCUCGUCCCCGCCGCCCGCAGCCUCGUCUCCAGCGCCGCCGCCGCCGCCCCCGGGGCAUGGCCUGUCUGAUGGCCGCUUUCUCGGUCGGCACCGCCAUGAAUGCCAGCAGCUACUCUGCGGCAAUGACGGAGCCCAAGUCCGUGUGCGUGUCGGUGGACGAGGUUGUGUCGAGCAACGUGGAUGAGGUUGAGACAGACCUGCUUAAUGGGCACCUGAAGAAGGUGGACAACAACUUCACAGAGGCCCAGCGCUUUUCCUCCCUGCCGCGGAGGGCAGCCGUGAACAUCGAAUUCAAGGACCUUUCCUACGCUGUACCGGAGGGACCCUGGUGGAGGAAGAAAGGAUACAAGACCCUUUUGAAAGGGAUCUCUGGGAAAUUCAACAGUGGAGAGCUGGUGGCCAUCAUGGGUCCUUCGGGAGCUGGGAAGUCUACGCUAAUGAACAUCCUGGCAGGAUACAGGGAGACUGGCAUGAAGGGGUCAGUCCUUAUCAAUGGCAUGCCCCGGGACCUGCGCUGCUUCCGGAAAGUCUCAUGCUACAUCAUGCAGGAUGACAUGCUGCUGCCUCAUCUUACCGUUCAGGAGGCCAUGAUGGUGUCCGCACAUCUGAAGCUGCAAGAGAAGGAUGAAGGCAGACGGGAGAUGGUCAAGGAGAUCCUGACAGCCCUGGGCUUGCUGCCCUGUGCCAACACGCGCACCGGGAGCCUCUCGGGUGGCCAGCGGAAACGUCUGGCCAUUGCGCUCGAGCUGGUCAACAACCCUCCUGUCAUGUUCUUCGAUGAGCCCACCAGUGGCUUGGACAGUGCCUCCUGCUUCCAAGUGGUGUCCCUGAUGAAAGGGCUGGCCCAGGGCGGCCGCUCCAUCGUCUGCACCAUCCAUCAACCCAGCGCCAAGCUCUUUGAGCUCUUUGACCAGCUUUAUGUCCUAAGUCAAGGCCAGUGUGUAUACCGGGGAAAGGUCUCAAAUCUCGUGCCGUAUCUGAGGGACCUGGGUCUGAACUGUCCUACCUACCACAACCCGGCAGACUUUGUCAUGGAAGUGGCAUCAGGGGAGUACGGGGAUCAGAACAGCCGCCUGGUGAGAGCCGUGCGGGAGGGCAUGUGUGACUCUGACUAUAAGAGAGAUCUCGGGGGCGACACUGACGUGAACCCGUUUCUCUGGCACCGGCCUGCUGAAGAGGACUCCUCCUCCAUGGAAGGUUGCCACAGCUUCUCUGCCAGCUGCCUCACCCAGUUCUGCAUCCUCUUCAAGAGGACCUUCCUCAGCAUCAUGCGGGACUCGGUCCUGACACAUUUGCGAAUCACCUCGCACAUCGGGAUCGGCCUGCUCAUCGGCCUGCUGUACCUGGGGAUCGGGAACGAAGCCAAGAAGGUCCUGAGCAACUCCGGCUUCCUGUUCUUCUCCAUGCUGUUCCUCAUGUUUGCUGCCCUCAUGCCUACUGUGUUGACCUUUCCCCUGGAGAUGAGUGUCUUCCUCCGAGAGCACCUGAACUACUGGUACAGCCUGAAGGCCUACUACCUGGCAAAGACCAUGGCGGAUGUCCCCUUUCAGAUCAUGUUCCCCGUGGCCUACUGCAGCAUCGUGUACUGGAUGACGUCCCAGCCGUCGGACGCUGUGCGUUUCGUGUUGUUUGCUGCUCUGGGUACUAUGACCUCACUGGUGGCUCAGUCCUUAGGCCUACUGAUUGGAGCUGCAUCCACAUCCUUGCAGGUUGCGACGUUUGUGGGUCCCGUGACAGCCAUCCCUGUCCUGCUCUUCUCCGGAUUCUUUGUCAGUUUUGACACCAUCCCAGCCUACCUGCAGUGGAUGUCUUACAUCUCAUAUGUCAGAUACGGCUUCGAGGGGGUCAUCCUGUCCAUCUACGGCCUGGACCGAGAGGACCUGCACUGCGACAUCGCGGAGACGUGCCACUUCCAGAAGUCAGAGGCCAUCCUCCGGGAGCUGGACGUGGAGAACGCCAAGCUGUACCUGGAUUUCAUUGUCCUGGGCAUCUUCUUCAUCUCCCUGCGGCUCAUCGCCUAUUUCGUCCUCAGAUACAAAAUCCGGGCUGAGAGGUAAAAACACCUCCGAGCCAGCACUGAGGCAAAGCAGACAUUGUGACCAAGGGCACUGCUGGGAGGUAGCAGUGUACCUGCUCCUGGUGACACAGACUCUCCCAACCCAACCUGGAGGACACGCAGGCCGACGAUGACCAGUGUUGAGCGCCUCUGCCUGCCGGGUUGGAACUGUUCGUUUCCUUUUCUAACUAGGGAGAUGUAGGACGGUUGGGCUUUUUGUUUUUGUUUUUUUUUUUUUUUGACAUGUGGGAUUCAAAAUACAACUGGCCUAGAACGUCAUUCUUUGCUCCAGCUGGGGACAGGAGGCUUCCUCAGUAGGUUUCCUCCGGAGUCCAGGACACACUGGCCCAGAAGGAGGAGUGUUGGCCGAGUUGGUCCCCAGAGAGGAGGACGUCUUGGGGGAAAAGUCCACACAUAGCGGCCAUGGAGUCCGCCCGAGGACUGUCUUCUCCUUAAGGUCUCAGCCUUCUAAAGUUCCUCUCAUUUCUGAUGAAGUCACUUUCCGAGCCAAAGUCGAUAGAUGUCAUUCACUUCAAGAGAUCUUUUUAGCACUUCUUGAGGACUUAUUCAGGGUAAAAGAUGUGUUUUGCUUAGACACGGACAGAAGAGUCCCACAGAGUCACCGAGGUGGGGCUCCCAGAUAAAAUCAGAGAAGGUCAAACGCAGGCUCCAGGCGAGGGAGACAUCACACCAGCUGCGCUGGGCCAGCAGGGACUAACGCAAUGCAAUGCAAUGCAACGCAGGCAGUGCUGGGGGAAAUCAGCGCAGGCUCCUUCCAGACUUUCUUUCUCACGUGCUUCUUAUUUUAAGCAAACUUAGACGGGCAUAAAAACUCUUCCCGGCCACUUUUCAUUUUGCCCAAGAAAUACUCGAUCCUCUCUGUCGAUUUUUAAAGACCAUUUUCCCUUUCUUCAUGAAUCACAUUAACUACCUCCACCGAGCCUGGGAAGCCGGCCUGGGGACCUAUCAGGUGUGUCCCUCAAACUUGAGGGGAGCAAUGGGCUGUCAAAGACGGGCAGGCCGGCUAAGUCGAAGGGGAGGUGCCAUGGAUGCCCCCGUUAGGAAAACGGAGCUGCUCGCCUCUUCCAGAGCACCCGCCAUCCUAGGGUCAGUCUCCUACAAAAGUCUCUAUUUUUGCGGGUAGGUCAGUGUAAUCCCUGUGAGCCUCAGUUUCCCCACCUGUAAGUAAUUGCACUAGAUCAUGUCUUGACAGGUCCUGAGAUUCCUCAGCUGUGGCCUUGACGCUCCCGUAUCUCAUCUGUAAGAGAAUGAUAAGGGUCGAAUUUUACUUACCGCAUGGGUAAUGUGCUUUGGGACUCUUUAGAGAUUCUUUUUAUUUUUUACACUCCUAGAUCUUUUUUAUAGAGGACGCGAUUGAAAUGCGUAUCACGAUGUAAUUUUCAGUUUGCUUGUUCUAUACAAACACGGCCUUGCCUUCUAGACUCAGCUUUUAACCAGGGACACGAUUCGCCUUUAUUAAAAAAAAAAAAAAAAAGUCUUCAUUAAAGAAAAAAGAAAAAAAAGACAAAAGUUCUUGAUUGAAUUUCAAGAUUAUUAGGCAUGGCAUCCAGAGAGGAAUUGGCUUCUGUCGAAGUAUGAGCUGAAAGGAAUGGGUGUUGGGUGGGCAGACCUCAGUCUGACACUUGGUGAGGUUGGUGCCGAAGAACCCAUUCCAUCCGUGUCUGCAUGUAUGGGUUGGUAUGGUGGGUCAUGCCUGGCAGGCUCUGCCAGGGACUACCUUUCUCCCCGGAGACCUCUGUGCUGUCAGUCACAGGCAAGGUGGGCCAUGUUUUGAAUCUGGCAGGGCUCCUCCGCCUCUGGAGGAGUUCUUUCCUGUCCAGCUUUCUCCUCCACCCUGAGAACAGCUUGUCACUGCUCCGUGAGUAAGUGAGGGUGCCAUGGGUCCUUCCGUAGCGCAGAGUCUGGGCUCAGGAUACAAGGGCUGGCAGGCUGCUGGGGGGUGGGGGGGGGUGGGGCAGGGUGACCGGGCAGUUGGUAAAGGAUGCUGACCAGAAUAGGCGAGGGGUCAGAAGUCAGCCAGCAGGUUAGCAUUGCUCGCUUGUUCUUCAGACUUGAGGAAGGCUGACAGCCAUACGAGGGGACUCUGCAUCCUCGUCCCUCAUCCAGUGUCCGCAGGGGCCGAGGUACGUGGCUCAGCUUAUUCCCCAGACAUAGCCUGGAUCCCAGAGAUGCUGUCUGAAUGUCCAGACUCUUCCCUUUGAUUUCUCUUCCAGUUCGUCUCAGUCGUGGUAGGAGAUACCCGGAAGUGUGCACCCUCCUGACGCUGACGUUAAAAGUCAGGCUUCCCCUGCAGUUGGGUUCCCUGGGAGCCUUCCUUUCCUCUCUAGUUGAGUUCCAUCAAUUGAAAGGAAGGAUUGCAGUGGGCUUAAGGCUACACCACCGCCUCCUGUUAGCUGCUAAGACAAAAGUCCUCAUGUAAAACAAAAACCAAAAGCCCAAAGACAGAAUUUACAGGGACCUUGUCAGUGAGAGGCCUAUGGGGCCCUGCCAGGUUGAGGCUCAGGAAAGGCUCCGUGCAAGGGUGGGGCUACUAGCCUGUCUAGCCCCUUUCUUUGUCCGCUGCCCCCUACCUGCCCCCCACCCCACCCCCCAGCCUCCUGCCCUCCUCUUCUAUCCCUUGUCCAGAGAGACUUCAACUCUCCAAUGUUACUUCUCGGGAAGGGGAUGAGUCAGUGAGCCCUGCGCACAGUAGGUGCAAGGAUCUCCCUUCCUCACCUGAAGGUGGAGAGAGGCACCCAUUAGGACCAGAAAAUGGAACAUAAAGCUUAGAAAUCCCCAGAAAGGUCAUUUUUUAUCAACUCAGGGCCAGGGGCAGACAAUAUCUGCAAAGCUGAAAAUCCCCGAGUGUGCCCCUGACAACAGAAAAACCAGACUGGAGAUGAACACCUUCCCUUGGGAGUAUCUAGGCACCAUGCAGUCCCUUCUGGCUUCUCCAUCCCAUAAUUACCCCUCAAACCUUCCUAGAUCUGAUUUCAACCCCCUUGUUGUUCCGGGUCCUGAGGCCAGGGAAGGGACUUUUUUUCUUCAGGGCUUAUACCCCACUGGGCAGCUACUAUUCCCUGUGUCUCUGUGUAACAUUGGAAUGGAGAGGGGCAGGCAAGAGGCUGAGGGUCAUCCGAGCCCCGAGCCCCGAGCCCCAGUCAGACACCUUGAGUCCCUGCUUCCUGGUGUUUCCAGCUGUUUACACAGCUGUAAACAGGCCGAAAGGCAUUAGACAGAUGCAAAAUGCAACUCGGGCGCAGUGGCUGCCUCCUUGGUCAGGCACUCCAUUAAAGAGAAGGCGGAAGGGAGAGGCCAGUCUGCUCUCUGUCCCCUGAGGGAUUUAUAUCCCAAGGGCCCAUGAUGAAUGUCAUUAGCCCACCCAGAGGCCUGCCUUGCUUGUGUCUCAGUGAGGGUGGCCUCGUUCUUUACUACCUUAGCCGAGCUUCCCAAGACAGCACGAGCGGCCACCUCAGGCCAGACACACUGGUGUCUGCAUACUUUGUGAGUGAGUGUCUGUCUAUGAUUUUACACAUGCCCUCAAGUGCACACGUAUGUGCACAUGUGCAGGCUCACUCUUGCACAUGUCCGACAGAGUCAUUGUAUGGCUUUCCCUUCAUGUCAGUAGCCUACUGGCCUUCGACGCCUUCCUUAUCACCUUUACUCCACGGAGGAAAGACAAAAUUCAUCCAGGCCUAUGGAAGGUCUCUAAUGGAAAACCCAUCAAGGCUAUUGAUGAAUACCAGCUAAAUGAGAAUGAGAAUGUGACAGACAGACAAACGGAACCCAGCAGGGGUUGGGGGGGGAGCUCAAGGAUCAGACUGUGUCAAUAUAAAGUUAGAUACUCGGAAGACAUAAAACGGCUAAUAAAGUAUUUUAUAUAAAGUUUUUAUGUGCA